AUGGGUCGAACCCCAAACCACAUUUUCUCAAACGAAUCGCCCAAACACUUUCUGAUCAACAAAAGGUACUUGCUUCUGGGGACAGUAAUAUUACUGUCGGCAAUCUUUCUUAUGUUAGUCCACCCAGUUGUGGUGGCACCAGCUUUUGCUAGCUUCCGAAGUGCAGCCAGCAGUGGGGGUCCAGCUGCAGCAGCUGCAGGAACUCGACUCUUUCGUACUGAAAUAAUUAGCAGUGCAUGGACUGGCUUCUUGGCAGGUUGCUUACACACGUUAUCUGGCCCCGAUCACCUUGCUGCAUUAGCUCCACUCUCAACAGGCCGAACAAAGAUGGAAAGUGCUGCAGUUGGAGCCCUCUGGGGAUGCGGCCAUGAUGCUGGACAGGUGAUAUUUGGCUUACUAUUUUUACUUUUGAAGGAUCGACUUCACAUUGAAGUUAUUACAACAUGGGGAACAAGAGUUGUCGGUUUUACUCUGCUUGUAAUUGGUGCCAUGGGAAUCAAGGAAGCUUCAGAAGUCCCUGCCCCGUGUGUUGCCCUAGAAAAUGGAGAAGGUGAUGUUAGAGUGCAUGAAGAUGCCCUUGAGAAUCCGUCAAUCGGAAAAAAGAAGAUUGGGUUUGCAACUUUUGCCACAGGGAUUGUCCAUGGAUUACAACCCGAUGCUCUGGUGAUGAUCUUACCUGCACUUGCAUUGCCUUCUCGCUUGGCUGGUGCUGCAUUUUUUAGUAUGUUCUUAGUUGGGACAGUUAUUGCUAUGGGAAGCUAUACUGUCUUUCUAUGCUCGUGUAGUCAGGCACUCAAGGAUAGGGUUCCAAGAAUAACUGAGAAGCUCACUUGGGCAUCUUCUCUUAUAGCCAUUGCUGUAGGGCUUGCCAUUCUGAUUAGCCAGGCUUGCCAUUGUAUCUUAAUUCAGGCACUCAAGGAUAGGGUUCCAAGAAUAACUGAGAAGCUCACUUGGGCAUCUUCUCUUAUAGCCAUUGCUGUAGGGCUUGCCAUUCUGAUUAGCCAGGCUUGCCGCCAUUGUAUCUUAAUGUAA